AUGGGCUUGGCGGUCGUCGAGAGCCUUGUCGAGCAAGAUUGGAAGGUUACCAUUGCGGACAAGGAUCGCAGUGCUGGCGAACAGGUCGCCAAGCGAUUGGGUGAUCAGGUCAUGUUCUUUGAAACAAAUGUCACCAGCUAUGAAGAACAAGCCCAGGCCUUUACAGCAACCUGGAAGCAGUGGAAUAGUCUUGAUCUCGUGUUUGCCAACGCUGGCAUCUCUGACCGAACCGAUAUCAUAGAGCCGGCAGAGGAGCAGGACAAUGGUGCUCCUCCAAAGCCUGAUACAUUGGUCAUGGACGUCUGCCUCCUGGGAGUGGUGUACACCAGCUAUCUCGCCCUCCACUUCUUCCGUAAAAACAAGUCUAAGGACGGGAGCCUCGUGAUGACGAGCAGUAUCGCUGGCAUCUACGCAGCUCCCGGUGUCACCGUCUAUGGAGCAUCGAAACAUGGGGUCAUCGGACUGACCAAGUCACUGGCAUACAGACUGCAGAAGCGCGGCGAGCGCAUCACGGUGAAUGCUAUUUGCCCAGCUCUCGUCGCCACCGGACUGGUGAACCCAGACCUGGUCAAGAGAAUACCAGAAAAGUACAUCACCCCGACCGCGACGAUCGUCAAGGCUGUGCUUGGAUUCGUUGAAGACCGCGGGGUGACUGGCGAAGUGGCCGAAUGUAGUGGACAGGAAAUUUUCUACCGACCAGGGAUGCCCUUCAGCAAUGAAGGGUCCAAGUGGUUGAUGACGGGUGGACUGAAGUCUUUGCUGGCACCGGGAGAGGAGCAGGCUUGUACCGAAGAACGACCCUGUCCGAGCUGUCGCGUCCGCGACGUCGAGUGCAAGUCGGCAGAAAUCGACUCAGACCACGCCGCAUCUGCCGCAAAGCGUCCGAGGUUGAAACCCAGGCCCACCACGGAUCUUCUUGUGGCACGACAGGCCCCUUUCACAGGGAGCCAACAGAAGAAGACGCCUCAGCCUCAGAAUGACGACAAUGAGGUGCUGAGAGAGGAGAUACGGAGGCUUCGCCGCGAUGUCGACCUCCUCUCUAAAGCCAAUGAUGAAAACGAGCCACUACGACGCCGUCGGGCCAGCUCCGCGAUGAAUGAUAUUCAACGACAUUCCGACUAUCUCUACCCAUUGGACGGCCAAGCGACGUUGCAUUUCGAGGAGGACAAACUCUCAGUAUGCUCGCCUUGCACAGACACGUUCAAUCCUUCAAACCUGUGGGCAGGUCCGGAUGCCAUCCCGAACAAGAUCAGCGCAAUACUAGGCACCACCCUUCCAGACUCCCUCGUGAGCGAAUCGAUCCUCCUGAACGGCGGUAAGAAGUUUUCACUUACACUGCCCUCACCGGCCCAUCUACGACAUCAAAUCGAUCUGUACCUCCGCGAAUUCAACGACUGGACUCCUUGCUUUCGCCCCUCGAAACUCAAGAAACGACUCGCCAUCGCCCUGCAUUCCGUUUCCUACAGCGAGCGUCGAGGGACCAUUCACAUCCCCACGCAGCACUGUACCGCUUUUGCGAUCCUGUGCAAUAUCCUCUCCCAGGCCGAGACUGUCACCUCAAGCAAUAGCUCUCUGGACUCUAAUACCGGCCAGUACUGGUUUCUCCAGGGCAAACAGCUCAUGGAAACCUUUGAGGACAUCGUUGGAGACUCAGUUGAGCUUGUCGUAUACCACGUGCUAGCUGCCGGAAGCAUGAUGGAGGCCGAAAGGCUCCGCACGGCGGCCACACACACCCUUCGAGCCCUACAAGCGGCGUUAAGCAUCGGACUCAACGACAAGAACCGCUGGGACCACGAUCCGGACGACAUCGUGUCGAAAAGGUGCCUGUGGUGGGUCCUAUAUUUCCUGGAGAAGCGAGUCCAUUACCGGUGCGGCGCGCCCUACCUCCUGCGACCCGCAGACGUCAACGUGGAGGAGACGCUUCGGAUGUAUGGUGAGUCCGAAAUCGACGACGGAAAGCUCGAAUAUAUCGAAGGCAUGGUCAGCUAUACGAAACUGUGGACGUCCAUCUGGUCCGACUUCUUGGCUCCCAAUGCUCGGUUUGCCGGCAAAUGGGCCGAAGUGCAGGUCGCCGACGCCCGGGUGAUGAUCGGGUAUCGAGAACUGGCGCCUGGUCUGCUCUGGGAAACCGACAAAGUCCAAGAAUGGAUUGGCAAUGGAACAACUGAAUCCGACAUGCGUCAUAAACUACAAGCGUUCUUGUGGCACCAAUCUUUGCGCCUAAUCAUCCGGCAAACGCGCGUCUCGUCGGCCCAAGGGGACAUCGAGCGGCAACGCUCGUGCGUCAGCAUCUGCAAGGACAUUGUGGGCGCGAUCGCGAGCUACAUGAAGCAUUUCCUCUGCAUGCGGCCUAUCGGGUACUACCUGACGUGCUCGCUGGUCGACUGCGUCUUCGCCCUCAAGCGGGAGCACAUUGACCAGUCCCCGUGGCUGGACCAGACCGGGCUGCAGAAGGUGUUCGUUGAGAUCGGGCGCUUGCUCGAGACGCUGGCGAUGACGGUGGGGUCGGCACAGCGAGCCCUCGCCGCGCUGCGUUGCGUCCUCGUCAUCCCUAGCAGUAAUGUUGAUGUGGAGGAUGACGGUGCCGGACUGGAGGGAUCCGAUGGCAUUCGGACAAGCUUUCUCGAAGAGCCCGACCGCAACAACGGGGCGCUUCAUGACGACCCCGCCGUCUUCGUGGACAGAGAUCGCGAUUUCCUCGACGAGUAUGCCAAUCCCAACAUUGCGGAGACGCUGAAUUUUCUGGGUCUCAUUCCGAUGUGA